GGGAAUGGGCAUUGAUUUAAAUCUGCCUGGCACCCGGGCCAGCUCCACUUAUCAGUGAGUCUAAUAGGAAUGUGAAGAGAGUAGGCUUGACAGCUCAUUAGAAUGUGAGUCCUCCUCCUCCUCCUUUUCUUUUUUCCUUCCCCCCCUCUCUCUUUUUUCUUUAUCUUUUGGGUUUUUUUUUCUUCCCCUCCCCUUUCCUUGGAGUUGAUGGAAACACAUUCAGGAAAGAGGUAAAAGCCGAGGAGGGGUUUGCCAGUGUGCAGCUGGGGAGAGGAGCAGCGAGAAGCCAGCUCUGCGUGGAGGCACCUGAAACCCUGCCUGGGGUGAGGGGAGAUGAGGAUGAGGAGGAGGACACAAGAUCCUACAUCCUGACAGCUGCUUGUGGCUGCUCCUUGCCUCGCUAAAGAGAACUGAAGAUCAACUCAGAUGGAGAGAGAGAGAAGUUAGACCCGGGAGAACUUUAUCUGCUCCUAAUGGACAUCCCUGGAUUCUUUGCUUCUCCAUGCUUGGACUUCCCUGAGAUGAGGAACUGAUUUGUCUCCUCAGCAGGCUGAGCACUUGGCUGAGCUGGGAUGCUUGCAGCCUCCUCAUCAGAGCAGUGGCUGUAGCAACCUUGGGUUCCCCAGCAUCUUGAAAGGGAAGGAUGAGGACUUGUCACUGAGAGGAGGAGAAGCAUCAUUCCAAGGAGGACGGAUGGGACAUCUUCAAACCUGCUUUGAGCUGACCACAAAGCUUCAAAUGACAGAAAGGGAAAGCUGCUGAAGAGCAACAACCCAACAACCCCUCCCCUGAUGAGUUUGUGCUGUCAGCUCUGGCCUGAGAAACUGUUGCCCUGAGCAAUUUGACUUUUCUAGGUUUCAUAGGGUGCACCUGGGUGCUCGUGGCAACUUUACUGUGCCAGCAGUUUUGCCUCUUCAGAGUCAUGGCAGCAAAGAGAGAGAGGAAAGUGAAGAAGGAACCUAACCAGUACACAGAGCCUUUCAAUGCUACCCUCUCCAACAGUGAGGAGCUGCAUGGGCAUCCCAAGAUGCUGGAGUCUCCAGAUCCUCGAAUCACAGACCCCCGGCGGACCUGGAUCUCCUUCGUGCACCGCCCCGACGAUGGCAACACCUCUAAGAAGAGGUGCAAAGGGAAAGACAAGAAAUUACGUGGCCUCGUUGGACCCCCAGGGCCCCCUGGUCCUCAAGGACCUCCAGGAGCACCUGGUGCUGAAGUCACCCGAGAAGUCCUCCUGCAGGAGUUUAAGGAGAUACUGAAAGAAGCCGUGGAGCGCCGAGCGUCCCUGGCCAUUGCAGCCCACCCCAGCCAGCUGCCUCCGCUCCUGCUCUCCCUGGAGGAAGUCUCACCCCACAGACGUGUGGAGGAGGCAUUCCACUGCAAGCUGAAAGGACAAGUCACUGUAGAUAAGAAGACCUUGGUAGAGCUUCAGAACUUCCAGUCGCCUCUGGCCAAAGGAGCUUUUCUCCGGGGGACAGGACUGAAUUUGGCAACAGGACGGUUCACAGCCCCUGUGUCUGGCAUCUACCAGUUCUCAGCCAAUGUCCACGUUGACCACAGUGAGCUGAAGAGCAAAGUGCAGCUGCGAGCCAGGGACAACGUCCGGGUGCUGAUCUGCAUCGAGUCCCUGUGCCACCGCUACACGUCAUUGGAAGUCAUUGCUGGCCUGGAAAGUAACAGCAAAAUCUUCACCAUCUAUGUCCAUGGCUUACUGCAGCUGCAGGCUGGCCAAUACACCUCCAUAUUCGUGGACAACAGUGCUGGAGCUCCUCUGACCAUCCAGAACGGCUCAGAUUUCAUGGGCAUGCUAAUGGGUGCAUAGCAUCACCUGCAAGCAGGGCAGGAGAGGAACUAAAGCCUGGCAGUGACUGAAGAAACCUUCACUUGGACUCUUGGAGACUGCUUCCUCUAACUGUUGGCAUCCUUUAAACCAAGCCAAAGAGCCUUUUUAUUCCCCUCCUCCUCCCUCCCCAUUUUUCACAGCUUGCUUUAAGAGGCUGCUGCUGCUGCUUGUUGAGGUCCACAGCAGUUCCUUCAUCAUGUCCCCUCCUCUCGCCCACCCAAAAAUAAGCUUUUGUGACUCAGAAACCAACUCUGCCCUAUUUAAGUUGUGCUUCUCCAUCAGCUGCUCACUGACUGGGAUUUGGGAUUUGCUGCAUUCUGACUUCCAGGGUGGCACUUGUAAGCAGCAUGGCUUGGGGGGGUGUUUGGCUUUGUAAAUGAAGGAUUUGCAUCACA